AUGCCUUAUUUCAAACAGCCUAAGCACCUCCAGAGUCUGAUGCUUCUGCAAUGGCCCUUGAGCUACCUUGCCAUGUUUUGGAUCUUGCCGCCAUUUUUCAUUUACCUGCUAUUUACAUCCUUGUGGCCACUACCAGUGCUUUACUUUGUCUGGUUUUUCCUGGACUGGAAGACCCCAGAGCAAGGUGGAAGGCGUUCAGCUUGGGUAAGGAACUGGUGUGCUUGGACCCAUAUCAAGGACUAUUUCCCCAUUACGAUCCAGAAGACAAAAGAUCUGUCACCUGAGCACAACUACCUCAUGGGAGUUCACCCCCAUGGCCUUUUGACCUUUGGAGCCUUCUGCAAUUUCUGCACUGAGGCCACAGGCUUCUCGAAGAUCUUCCCAGGCAUCACUCCCCACUUAGCCACACUGUCUUGGUUCUUCAAGAUCCCAUUUGUUAGGGAGUACCUCAUGGCCAAAGGUGUAUGCUCUGUGAGUCAGCCAGCCAUUGACUACCUGCUAAGCCAUGGCACUGGCAACCUCGUGGGCAUCGUAGUAGGAGGGGUGGGAGAGGCCCUACAAAGUGUGCCCAACACCACCACCCUCAUCCUCCAGAAGCGCAAGGGAUUUGUGCGCACAGCCCUCCAGCAUGGGGCUCAUCUGGUCCCCACAUUCACUUUUGGAGAAACUGAGGUAUAUGAUCAGGUGCUAUUCCAUAAGGACAGCUGGAUGCACAAGUUCCAGAGCUGCUUCCGCAGUAUCUUUGGUUUCUAUUUUUGUGUCUUCUAUGGACGAGGCUUCUGCCAAGGCUCCACCGGGCUCCUGCCAUACUCGCUGCCUAUCGUCACUGUGGUUGGGGAGCCUCUGCCACUGCCCAAAAUAGAAAAACCAAGCCAGGAAAUGGUGGAAAAAUACCACACACUCUAUAUGGAUGCCCUGUGCAAACUGUUUGACCAGCAUAAGACCCAGUAUGGCUGUUCAGAGAACCAAAAGCUGCUUUUCCUGUGA